AUGAAAAGCACUAUCCUACUAUCUGCCUUCUCUCUGGCCUCUCUAGGCUCUGCUGCAGCGCAUGGAGGUCAUGGUUUCGGGCUUCAACGUCACCAGGCUGUUCAAAGUAGCAAGUCCAGUACAGUCACUGUCAAGACAUCGACCAAAGCCGCAACAACUACUCUCAAGACCUCUUCAAAGCCAGCCAGCAGCUCAUCGAAGGUGAGCUCAAAGUCCUCUUCGAAAGCUAGCUCGUCCUCGAAAGUCAGCUCAAAGUCUUCAUCCAAGGUCUCUUCCUCCACCAAAGCCGCUAGCAGCUCGACCAAGCCAGUCUCUAAGACCUCUUCUUCGACCAAGGUAGUUUCUACCAAGUCAGCAACUCCAUCCUCAUCAACCAUGAGCCUUGCCUUUAAAGCUGGACUUUCAGGCUACCCCGGCAUCGAGACUCUCGACCUCUUCAACCAACAAUGGGUCCCCUACAUCUCAUGGUACAGCAACUACGAACCAGUUGCCCCCAAUAUCAACGCCUCAACCCACACAGUAGUUGGUGCACCCAUGCUCUGGGGUAAGGGCGACCAAUGCCUGACCAACAACCCCGACGGGCCCGUCGACAAAUGGCGCCUCGGCAACUUUACCGAAUAUGUAACAAGCGGCGAAACGCACCCUGACGUAUUCUUUGGCUUCUACGAGCCAGACUGCGAUUGUCCUUCUUCCAGCCACAUCACAGACGUUUCCGUUGGCGUGCAGAAAUGGAAUGAGCUUAUCAAGCCUCUGCGCAACCGCGGUAUCGCACUGGGCUCACCACCAAUGUGCACUCAACUCGAUCAAUCCUGGCUCACAAACUUUGCUGCUCAAGGCGUUACUUGGGACAUCACCAGCAUCCACGUCAACAAGCCCACUGUAGCUGAGGGCAUCAAAGUCGUUGAAUACUACGUCAGCAAGUUCGGCAAGCCAGUCUGGGUCAGCGAGUUCACCUGCGUCAACGACCAAAACUGGAGUUCGUGUGGUGACCAAAGUACCGUCAAUGCUUUCAUCGAUGGUAUGGUCAAGUACUUCGAAGGGAACGACAUGGUUAUUGCCUAUGGAGCCAACAACGGUGAGGGUGUUCCUGGUGUGUGGAACUUGAUGACUAGUUCGUGGCCGCCGCAGUUGACUGCCACCGGUCAGCAUUACCAGUCUGUUCUCAAGGCACUUGCCAGCCAGAACACAAAGUGUUAG